AGUAUCAGUUGUCUUGACUCACGCGCUCACACAUCCGCAUAAUUUUCAGAGCUCAUCCCUUUGCACGUGUGUCCUACAGCUGUCUCCCCUUAACAACAGGACAGUAUCCCCGCUCACCACAAUUCUGUCUCACACCUACUCACAAGCGCUCACUUCGCAUAAUAAUAUUCUGAUAAUAUUUGGCCACUCAGAAAACGAUGUACCUUGUGCGUGUUUGAGCUUCGUUCUCCGCGUCAGUUCAGACAUUUUUGUCAACAAAUUUGAAUUUAUCUCUCUACCUGGGCCAAUAAUUUUGUUUGGAAAAUACUAUUCGCUUUUCGUAGCACGUGUGUCACUGUGUGCUAUGAUGUUCUCGAGUGUUUAAAAUGCCUGACAAGGGAUGCAGAACUGGCAUUCAUCCAAGGAUGUUUUCGUUUCUAUCGCGCUGUGUUCCUCUCGGCUUCCUUACCGCUGGAUACACUGAGGACGAAGGUUCAGAUCUUGUGAGCGUGCCUGUGAAGCAUUGAGGAGUGUCAAGGGUUCAAAUUAGAUGCCGCCCAAGUUUUCCUGUUUCUGGAAAGGAGCUACCCUACACAGCUGAGGCCGGUCUUGUGGAGAAUCGAGUUCGAAUCCCCACCGAUGAAACUAGCUUGGACUCUACUCCUGGUCACGCAAGCGUGGAUUUUUACAGGAUCACACUCGUUUUCACACGUGCAAAGGACAGAUGCAAACCUACUAGAGGAAGCGCCAAACGACGGCACGGCUGUCGACAAAAUUGUACGGUCCAAGGAUACCAACCAUCAUCCUGACUAUCGCUUACAAGAUAACAGCAACGUUCAAAAUGCCGAAGCCCACCGACAAAGAGAGGCAGGUCAAGCAUCGCAAACAGGUGCAGAAGCAGAUCCGAAAGAACCAAAGAGAGUCCAACCAUCGGGGGACUUCCAGUCUUUGCUGUUUCUCAUGUGGACGAAAAACGCCACCUCCUCGCAACCAACCACAAAUGUUGCCGACAGUGAGCUUUUCUCAAAAGUUCAGCCUCCUGACGAAGGCUUUCGGGAGGAGGUAGAAGAAAAGAUGCCAUAUGUGAGAAAAUUAGCUAAAAAAUAUACGCAUGGAAAUAGCUUACUUUCUGGUAGCAAUGUUGGAAAUAAUGGACUUUUAGAAGAUGGAAUAGAAACUGAUAGCACAUUAUUAUAUUUGACUGAAGACGUUGAGAAAAAUGUUGCACUUUCUGAUGGCAGAUUUCGGGAUAAACAGAAGAAAGAAGUUAAUAGGGGAAAGGGAAAAACAAAAAUAACAAAUCAACAGAGGCGUCGACGCUCAGCAACGAGCAAAUUCACCGGUCUCGUCGUCGGCUCGUCGAAAAACGGCAAACUGGACGAGUCGGUAAAGACAUUGUUGAGCACCUUGUACCAAAAGGUGUGGGAGUUACAAUCCGACGUGACCCAACAAUUCCAAGCAGCUGGGGGGAAAGAUGGAGGGGUAAAAUAUGCCUCCAUUCUGGGCCUAUUCCCUUCUUACGUAAAAGACAACUUCCACGGCUGUGAGGAGGAGACGAGUUUCCGUGCUGAUAAGACGUACUCGGUGCCGGACGUGAAUGCCUUAGGGACUCUGAUGGUGCUGCACUGUUUGGCUGAGGCGGCUGUCUACGGGAAGGCGGGCGUCCCGGACGUGGGCAAGAUGAGCCGGGCCGUGGAGGCGUUGGAGGAAUUUCACACCAGGAAUUUGGAGAAGGGCAAUACCAUUAUGACAAUGUGGCCAGAAAAACUUAGAAAGGAUGAGUCUGGUUGGGUGAUCUAUCCUGAGAACUUAGCACAGGCUCCAGUCAAGGGCGGUACCACGCUGAACAAGUUGCAGACUCUUGUGAAAAAAUCAGAAUCGUGUACCACGGCAAAGACCGGUUUGAAGAAGAUAAAAGAAUGCAAGUUAUGUGCUGACCACUACAACACCUCUCUUGCUGAUGCUGUUUAUGACGUCAGCACACCGCCUGAUUUGAUGACGUCAUUUUCCAAUCUGGCUCUUGGCUCACUUUUCCGCGCCAAGUUUAAAGGUGGAGAUGGAAAGGAUCAGUCUGUAUUCAGGGCUGAGCUUGAGACUUGGGGUCACACGAACUCUGAUUUUGGUCUUCUGUUGAAGAAACUCAAAGAAAUGGCGAUCAUUUUCCCUGUCAAGAGCUCUGAAACCACAACAAAAAACCCUACCACCACCACUUCCACUACGACUACAACUACGACUACGACUACUACUACUACGACUACUACUACUCCUACGACUACUCCUACGACUACUCCUACGACCACUCCUACGACUACUCCUACGACCACUCCUACGACUACAACCACCACUACAACAGCGACGCCGGCACCAACAACUUCUCCUACGACAUCCCAAACGACGACAAAGACGACAACAACACCGUCACCUUCACCACCAACAAAGGCGACAACAGCACCAUCUCUUUCACCACCGACAAAGGCGACAACAGCUGCUUCAGCCCCACCACCACCACCACCAACGACCACUGCACCACCGCCAGCUCCAGCACCAACAACUACAACUACACUUACCGCAGAAGAUAGGGAUUCUAACAGCAAAAAUGCUAGCACCAAUGAACAGAACGAAAGCACCAACAGUAUGGGAAACAAAAACAGCAACAUCAGCUCGAGCAAAAACAACAACAAUAACAACAACAACAAAAACAACAAAAACAAAAACAGCAACAUCAGCUCGAGCAAAAACAACAACAAUAACAACAACAACAAAAACAACAAAAACAAAAACAGCAAAAACAAAGACAAUGGCAACAGCAACGGCACCAUCAGAGAAAAGUCUAAGCCCCCCUCAAACCAGGACGAAGAGUCAAGUACUGUCAAAGAUGGAAAAAGUCACGGAUCUAUAAAUGACAAAUCAGAAGCAAGUAAUCCAGAAAAGCAUCCGACUCACGAGAAUAAAACACAUGCACAAGAAAAAGCAAAGAAAAAUAAAACAAACAGCGGUGUUAAAGCAACUGUAAAAACACCAGACAUUAAACUCACUGAUGGUAACAACAGCAACAACAACAACAACAACAACAACAACAACAACAACAACAACAACAAGAUCAAUGGCAGUGACACGUCGGUUGAAGUAGCACGUUCAAAUCGCGAGGCUGUAACUGUGACUGUUUCUUCUGAAGUCAAACGCGAAGGAAAAGAAGGAAUUGGGGGGAACCAAAAGACAAACACAAUAGAUACUGGGUCUUCAAAACCUCCUGCAAAACAACACACUGGAGAGGGAAAAAGAAACGCAGGCUCAGUCAACGCAGGAAAGAGUAAAGGCAAUACUAAUGAUGAAAAGAAAGACAAAUCGAAAGUAUCUUCCGAUUCGGGAGAUCAUGACAGUAAAAGAGACAAUAAACGGGCAGGCAGUAAAGCGGGAAAUGACAAAGCGACAGACGCCACCGUUAUCGGAAGCAAAAACAAGAAUAUUGAAGUCAAAAUCAAAGUGAAUAAUAACAUUACAGUAAACAAAGGAAAAAGCAAUGAGGCCAGCAAAGGCGAUAAGAACAAAAACGAGAAGGACAGUGAAAAAAAGAAACAAAACAAAAACAACAACGCAGCUACUACUCCUACCACCAACAACAGUGUCAACAAAGAAAACCACAGCACCACCACCAACAAAAGCAGCAGCAACAACAACAACAACAACAACAACAACAACAACAACAACAACAAAACAUCCCCUAAAAACGUCCCCAUCACUAAAGAGAACACAGGCAGGAAGAAGAAGAAAAGCCACAUGAUGCCGGCGCCCUCCACCACGGUUACGAAGAAACCUUUCGAGGGCCAUCGCAACCAGAUCUUGGACUCUGUGUCCUACUUUGGACUCCGGAAAUACCUGGACACGGCACAGACUUCAGACAACGGUGACGUUAUUCUAGUCCCUUUACUGAUUUCGGACAGUCCGAAAGCAGGUUUCGAACCCGGGGACUUACGGCACAACGGGCAAGCCAGCCGCCGGUACAACAGUGUUGACCUGACCACUAUGGCCACCACACUCCACGCUCUGGUCGUGUCCUCCAUGACUGGUCUAGUGGACAUUGGUGAGGAUGUGGAGCUACAGGUCUGUAUUUUAUACGUGCGUGUUUUAAUGUUUGUAUGCACACAGGAGAAUAGCCCGCAGCCCAGAGAAUUGACCAAUCCUGAUUUUUGCCAGUACUGA